AUGCGUAUGCAUAGCAUAAUCAAAUCUGUGCAAGAUAAUCGAAACUAUCGUGGCUUAGAACUUUCUAACGGAAUGAAAGUAAUGCUAAUAUCCGAUCCUACAACGGAUAGAUCGGCUGCUGCGUUGUCCGUUGCUGUUGGCCAUCUCAGCGAUCCGUUAGAAAUUCCUGGUUUAGCUCAUCUUUGUGAACACAUGCUUUUUCUUGGCACAGAAAAAUAUCCUAAAGAAGAUGAGUAUACAGCCUUUCUCAAAAUGCAUGGGGGCAGCUCGAACGCGGCAACGUGUUCCGACAUGACUAAGUACUAUUUCGACGUGAUCCCAAGUAAGCUUGACGAAGCGCUGGAUCGAUUUUCGCAGUUUUUCAUUGCUCCAUUAUUCAACGAGGAAGUUACUGAGCGAGAAAUAAGUGCUGUAAAUUCUGAACAUGAAAAAAAUUUAUCACAAGAUGUGUGGCGUGUGAAACAGGUUAAUAAGUCCCUAUGCAAACCAUCGCACCCAUACAGACGGUUCGGCACUGGAAAUGCGCUAACGUUAUCGGAGAUCCCUCGUAAGAAAAACAUUAACGUUCGUGAUGCACUGAUGAAAUUCCACCAUCAAUUCUAUUCUUCGAAUAUAAUGACAUUAGCUGUAUUUGGACAGGAGAGCUUAGACAACCUGGAGUCGAUUGUGGUAGAAAAAUUCUCUCAAAUUGAAAACAAAAACGUUGAUGCUCCCAGAUGGCCGGAUAUGCCAUAUGGAGAAGACCAAAUGAAUACAGAAACAUAUAUCAUCCCAGUAAAGGACACGCGAUCUUUAACGAUCUCUUUUCAAAUGGAAGAUUUGGAAAAGUAUUACAAGUCUAGUCCAGAGUAUUAUGUGAGCCAUUUGAUUGGCUAUGAAGGAAAAGGCAGUAUUCUAUCCGAGCUAAAGUCUCGUGGAUGGUGCAAUAAGUUAAUCGCUGGUUAUGGUAGCCUGGGUCGAGGAUUUGGGAGUUUUGAUAUAAUGGUUGAUUUAACAGAGGAUGGAUUUGAAAAUAUACAUGAUACAGCGAAACUUAUCUUUCAGUACAUCACAAUGUUGAAGGUCAAAGGACCUCAGAAAUGGAUAUUCGAAGAGUAUUGCAAUUUAUCUGAAAUACAAUUUCGAUUUAAGGACAAAGAAACUCCUACCUCGCUUGUUACAGAAAUAGUAGGCUCGAUGCACCUGUUUCCUUUGGAGGAUGUUCUUGUAGCGUACUCCUUGAUAACCGAAUGGCAGCCGGAGCUUAUAAUGGAUGUAAUAAAUAAGUUAACUCCCCGUAAAUCGAGGCUUAUCAUUGUUGGGCAAAAAUGCCAAUCAUUGGUUAAUUCUGAUGAAGAAUGGUACGGAACAAAAUAUGGAGUGAAAAAAAUCGAACCCUCGAUUUUAGAACAUUGGUCUGAGCCUGAUUUAAACAACAAUUUACAAUUACCAGAGCCAAAUCCAUUCAUUCCCUCUGAUUUUGAUCUGCUACCAAUUGAUAGUUGCGUGGACAAUUGCCCAAUCAUAAUUUACGACACACCAAUUAUUCGAACUUGGUUUAAACAAGAUAAUGAAUUUUUGAAACCCAAAGCUUUGAUGAGCUUUGAUUUCAACAGUCCGAUCGUAUAUUCUGAUCCGUUGAACUGCAACAUGACACGACUUUUUGUUCAACUGCUUAAAGAUCAUCUUAAUGAGUAUUUGUUCGAAGCAGACAUGGCAGGUUUAGGGUUUGCAGUUAGCAAUACAACUUCGGGAAUAAGUUUAUCUAUAGGUGGAUAUAGUCACAAGCAGCCUAUUCUACUUGAAAAAGUAUUGAAUUGCAUGUUGGAUUUUAAAAUAAAUGAACGUAGAUUUGAAAUACACAAAGAACAAUACGUUCGUAGUUUGAAAAAUUACAAGGCUCAACAACCCUAUCAGCAUGCUAUUUACUAUCUUGCCUUACUUCUAACAGAACAAGCAUGGACGAGACAAGAACUUCUAGAUGCCACUCAACUGCUGACCGUAGAAAGGUUGCAGAUGUUCAUCGCGCAGUUGCUCUCUCGAAUGCAUCUUGAAUGUUUCAUUUACGGUAAUGUGAACAAGAAUAAAGCGCUACAACUAACAUCAAUGGUUGAGGAAAAAAUGAAAUCUACCGAUGCUCAAGUUUUACCUUUAUUGGCCAGGCAGCUUCUACAAAAGCGCGAAUAUAAGCUAGGAAAAGGAGAAAGUUGUUUAUUUGAAGGAUUUAAUGAAUUCCAUAAGAGUUCAUGCAUGGAACUGUAUUUGCAAUGCGGUCAGCAAGAUCCCCAUUCAAUGUAUGUUGAUAUUUUAUCACAAUUACUUAGCGAAGAAUGCUACGCUCAGUUACGUACCAGAGAGCAACUUGGUUAUAUUGUGUUAUGUGGAUCUCGAAAAGCGAAUGGCAUUUGUGGGCUACGAAUAAUUGUCCAAUCUCCCCAUCAUCCAGCAUAUGUUGAGGAACGUAUUGAAAGUUUCCUCAACAAAAUGGAAGAUUUUCUUGAAAAAAUGCCGGAUACUGAGUUUAUUCGUCAUAAGGAAGCAUUGGUAGCAUUAUUACUGGAAAAACCGAAGCGAUUAGUUUCGCAGUAUGAAAUAUACUUGCAUGAAAUAUCGUUGAGACAAUAUCAUUUCAAUCGAUCAAAGGUUGAAGCAGCGAAACUUGGCCCUCUAACAAAGAAACAAGUGAUUGAUUACUAUAAGGAAUAUAUCAUGUUGGGUGCACCAUCGAGAAGCACUUUAUCAAUUUAUGUCACAUCUACCGCCGAAGGUGGCGCAGGAUUACAAAAAAAAGUAAACGAAAAUGAAGAAUCACCCGGAAAUACGAUUGAAAAUCUGUCUGCGGCUUCAAUACCGACAAUAACAAAAAAUUGUAUCAGAAUAGCCGACUUAGCAAAUUUCAAAUCCUCUCGUUCCUUAUAUCCUUUAGCCAAACCUUAUAUUGAAGUUUUAUCCAAAGGAGGAAGAUGCAAGCUGUAAAAAUAUCAUUGAUUUUAUUUUAAAUCUGACGCAGAGUAAUUGAUGGGGAAGCUCGAUAGUAUCGGGAUCGAAUCUCGUCUGAGCCCCCCUCGUACGCAGGACUGACUACCCAGCUACGAGUAAUUAAAAGUCAUGAAAGCCUUGACUAAGCUUAGCAAGGUAGGCCAUGUCAGUACGACGUGCUGCGACAAUUGUGAGCGGGCCAGUAAAGAAGAAGAAGACGCAGAGUAAUUAUCUAGUAUAUUGGAACUGUGCAAUAGAUCUUGUUAUCUUCAACGCAUUUGCUUUAUUUUUGUAUCAAUUUUUUGUUUGAGUUUAAAACGCGGUAGAUGUGACUAGUUGGCAGUUAGGGGGGCUUUAUAGCCAAAAGCGGUAGCGAGCGGCACUGAUCCUUAAAAAACGGCACUGAUCUAUAAAAAAUCAAGUCAGAAAGCCACAACCAGGGAGGUCUUCUCUGUAUAACGAUUGUUAAGCCAUUUAAAAAUAAGAAGAAAAUGUGGCAAAAGAUACGGAAGGGAAAAAAGCAAAUACCGACAUACCUAUGCGUCAUAAUAAAGAUAAGGUCAUACAUAUAAUAUUACGUUACAUUGUUAUUGAAUCAUCGUGAUACGGUCAACAAAAUCGCCAUUCGUGCUACGAAAAUGGUUAAAAUAUGUGAAGUUUUGUAACUUGAAGAAGAACAAGAAA